AUGUCUAAUAAAUGCAAUAUUAAUAAGCAGAUCUUGCAAAGGUUACUUGUUGAAUUAUAUGAGCAUGAUGAAGAAAGCAUUACUGAAAUUCUUGAAGGUUUACACCAUCUUGCUCCUGCAUUAAAUGACUAUUUUAAAGUUAUACCUUCUAUGCUUGAAAAAAAUAUAGAAAAAUCAGAAGCAACUUUAAUAUUAUAUGAAUCUUUUGCAUUAUCUAAUGAAGAGCAAGUAAAAACUUUAAAAAAUUAUUACAAUGCACUGAUGUUUAAUGAUAUCGCUAUUUCUAUAGACUCAGAGCAAAAACUUAAAAUAUGUGAUGGAUAUUGUUUCACAAAGGUUUUAUUAUUAAUUCAUCUUAUAUUUAAAAAUACUUCAACAUUUAAUCUGGCACUUGUUCAUUGGUAUGAUUUUAAACACCCAAACAUUCUUCAAAAUUUUAUAAAUUCAAGUGCCCUUAUUUACAAUUAA